CCCCCUCGCUUCGUCGCUCGUCUUACUCCUCGCGCGACCGCCGCCACCCCUGCCUCCUCCCUCCCUCCCCAUCCCGCUGCCGAGCGCCCCAGCCCCCUAGCUCGUCUUCAUCCUCGCGCGAGCGCCUCCACCACAGACUGAUGGACUAUGAGAAAUCUAGAAGGCAUAAUCCAAGUACUUCCAGAAAGAGGACUCAUUUCAAUUCUGAUGAUGGAAAUAGGAAGCGGUUAAACUCCAGGCAUGAUGAUGGACCUAUGUCCUCUCAGCCAAUCGAAACUGUUUACAGGAUAUUGUGCCCAGGAAAAAAGAUAGGCAGUGUCUUGGGCAGAGGUGGUCAUAUUGUUAAGGCCCUUAGAGAGGAGACUAAAGCAAAGAUAAGAGUCGCUGAUUCUAUUCCUGGUGCAGAAGAGAGAGUAAUUAUUAUAUUUGAUUACCAAGAUCAGUCUGAACAAACUGAUGAAGCUGCUCAAAAUAUUUCUAAUAAUGAUGGUUCAGAGAACAUGAAGCUCCAAUGUUUUGCUCAAGAUGCGCUGUUGAAGAUACAUGAUAAGAUUUCUACUCAUGAAGAUCCCCAUGAUGGAGCUAUCCAUGAAAAGUCUGAAACUGCUGCUGAUGUGACUGCUCGAAUUUUGGUUCCAGGCAAUCAAGUUGGCUGCCUGCUAGGAAAAGGUGGCUCAAUUAUACAACAACUGCGAAAUGAUACGGGCGCAGGGAUCCGUAUCUUACCGUCCCAAGACCUUCCUCAGUGUGCACUUCAGAGCGAUGAAUUGGUGCAGAUAUCUGGAGCACCUUCUCUUGUAAGAAAAGCUCUUUACGAAAUAUCCACUCGUCUCCAUCAACAUCCUCGUAAAGAAAAUCCUCCUCUUGAAGAAAUUAUAGAUGCAAGCACACAAAGGAAGCGUGAGUCCCCGCCACCGCUACCCCAUGAAAAUCUGAUGUUGCCAUACCAACAUGUAGAUCGCCUACCACCAAUGCCCUUGCUUGAUCCAUAUAGAAGCAGACCAUCGCAAUAUCCUGUUCCUGAAGCAGAAGAGUUUUCUGUUAGAAUUCUAUGUGCUUCUGAACUUAUUGGCCCUGUUAUUGGGAAAAGUGGAGCAAAUGUUCGGCAGGUAGAGCAGCAGACUGGUGCUCGCAUUCUGGUUCAAGAAUUGGACAAAGAUGCAUCUGGAGAAAGAUUGAUUGUCCUUUCAUCUAAGGAGAUUCCUGGUGAUCCAGUAUCCCCAGCAAUUGAGGCACUUAUCUUGCUCCAUAGUAAAGUAAGUGCAUCUUCUGAGAAACGCCAUUUGAUUACAAGGCUUGUUGUACCAUCAAGCAAAGUUGGUUGUAUUCUUGGGGAAGGUGGAAAGGUAAUAACUGAAAUGAGAAGGCGUAUUGGGGCUGAAAUCCGAGUUUACUCGAAGGCAGAUAAACCAAAGUACUUAUCUUUUGACGAGGAGCUUGUGCAGGUUGCUGGGCCUCCAGAUAUUGCAAGAGACGCCCUCACAGAAAUUGCUUCAAGGCUUAGAACUAGGACCCUCAGAGAUGGAGGUUCUGGCAAUAAUCCCCUGCCUCUUGCCCCUUCUGAUGGUCCUCGUGGUGAUAUAUUUCCUAGCAGAGAAUUCACGCAAAACGGAAGGCCUGCCAAUCCCCCAUAUGGAAGGCCUGCCAAUGAUUCACCAUAUCGAAGACUUGCCAUUGAUCAACCAUAUGGAAGACCUGCCAGUGAUUCACUAUAUGGAAUGCCUGCCAAUGAUCCAAUAUAUGGGAGACCUGCCAAUGAUCCACCAUAUGGGAGACCUGCCAAUGAUCCACCAUAUGGGAGACCUGCCAAUGAUAUACCAUAUGGGAGACCUGCCAAUAAACCCCAUGAUCCUUCCUCUGCUUAUCCUAUAGAUUACUUUUCUAAAAGAAGAGAGUAUCCUAUUGGAAGUCCUUUUGCUAGCAAUGCUCCACUCUCUGCUUCGUAUGACAGAAAUGUAGCAUCUGCUCGCUUGCCUACUAGAGAAAUGCCCUUGUCUGCUAGUCCUGGUGCUGAUUAUAUGACCCAUCGUUCUUAUCGCAACCAUAUGCCUACUGAUAGCUACUCUAGUAGAGGUACACAAGAAUUAGGCCUCUCAAGAGCUGGGAAUAGUAACGUGCAAAAAUUAGGUGUUGCCAGAGCUGGAAAUUCCAAUGCUUAUGAUUAUACCGAGGCUGCCAGACAGAUGCAUGGACGUGAGGAUUAUCAAAGACUGGCUGGUGUCACAGGGUACUCAAGUAGCUCUCUUGAACUGAUGAUCCCAAAUAGUUCUCUGGGAUCUGUUCUUGGAGCUGGUGGUGUGAAUCUAGCAGAGAUCCGCCAGAUCUCUGGUGCAAGAAUGAAGUUACUUGAAGGCCAUCCUGGCUCUUCGGAGUCCAUUAUGGAGAUCCAGGGUAUGCCGGACCAAGUAAGAGCCGCACAGAGCCUUCUGCAAGGCUUCAUUGGUGCUAACAGCAGCCAGAGCAAGCAGCCAUCCCAGUCUUCUCGCGAUGUCCAUUACCCAAGGUGGAACUAGAUCCUAGUAUGGUGGUAGAGAAAGACAGAACUCAAUAUACAACUCUGGGUCAAUUGCCAUGCUGAUGUUUUUGGAACUCUGAGGAGCACCACAUUUAGCUAGAACGUGCAAAUUGUAACUUAGAUCAUGUUUGUUGACAAGUAAUCUGGGGUUCUGUUUCUAUUGGCAAAGGAUGUAUUGAAUGAAAUAUAUCUGAUCACAACAGUUGCAUGUGCUCUGAAGUUGUACAUGGAACUUGGAUGCUUGAACCUGUCAUUAUAUGUGGUGCUAUUUAGGUCAGACACUAAAUGAUUUUCUCUGUGAC